AUGGAGCUGCGCUGCUUGGCGGACGAUGCGGCACUCGUGCGUGCUGUGCAGAAGCUCAACUUGGGCGUCUUGCCAGUGCAACCCCCUUCUUUCUGCUAUCGUCGCGCAGAAAAGGAUCGCUACCGACUAUCGUGGGCUGCCGUGACUCGUGAUACGUGUAUCGUGCGUGGCGCUGCAGUAGCCGAGCUCGAGCUGGAACGUGGCGGAAAACGCACGGUGCAACUGCGAACACUGGCGGUGUCUCCUCAAUUUCGACGUCAAGGAGUCGGACGGGGAGACAUCGAAGCUGUGAGUCUCCAUGUUCACGUCAGGAACGAGGAAGCGCUGGCUUUCUAUGAAGCGCUGGGCUUUGUUCGGAAAGCUGAAAUCGAUGGGUACUAUCGUCACUUGGAGCCACGGACUGCAGUUGUCAUGGAGCUACUACUUGAUUGA